AUGCGGACCUCAGAACUGCAGUCCAGGAUACUGAGUCUGGAGCAGCAACAGGACGCAAAGUUGUCCGCCUGGAUGAUGACUCUGGAGCAGGUGGAGCCCCUUAUUAUGAGUCGGGUGGACCAGUUACUGGAGGAGAAACUUGCAACACAGAUGUCAAAGACACGGGAGGUCCGAGAUGCUCCACAAAGCUGCCUUUGUCCUCCAGGACCUCCAGGGACUGCAGGGGAGCCUGGUCUGUCUAUCAUUGGACCAAGAGGGCCUCCUGGACAACCUGGCACAAGAGGAUUCUCUGGUUUCCCAGGUCCUAUUGGGUUGGACGGAAAGCCUGGGCAAAAAGGACAAAAGGGAGACAUGGGUUCUCGUGGUCCUCAAGGAAACCUGGGGGAGCCGGGCCUCAAAGGGGAGAAGGGUACAUGUGGAGACUUAACACACCGGGUGUUGCCCAUGACCCUGAGAAACACGCCUUCUUUAAACCAUCUAAUCUUAAAACGCCUGCAGGGUGCACCCGGAUUACAAGGACCCCCAGGACCCCCAGGCCUCCCUGGUGCCCCUGGUUCCCCUGGUUCCCCUGGCCUUAAUGGUCCCAGCGGACCACCGGGUGAAAAGGGAGAGCCAAGCUCUUUUGCUAAGGGGAGUAAAGGAGAGCCAGGUUCACCAGGACUAAUCGGCCCAAUGGGGCCCAAGGGCGAAAAAGGAAAUAAGGGGGAAGCAGGUACCAAAGGCCCUGCUGGCCCAAGAGUUCCAAAUGUUUUUGUCCUGUUUCUUAGGGUCCAUCAGGUCCAACGGGGCAGCCAGGAAAGAUUGAACUCCAGAACACUGAAAAUGUAUUCCAUUAUUUCAAGCAUUCGCAAUAUGCCCCUAAUGGGGCUUCCUGGAUUACCUGGACCACCAGGAUCCCCUGGAACCCCUGGUGAAAAGGGACAGCCAGGUAUUGGCAUCAAAGGGGAAAAGGGUGCGAUAGGGCAAAAAGGUGACAAAGGAGACAGAGGCUCUCUUCGAUUUUCUGGCCCCACAGGACCAGCAGGUAUACCAGGGCCUCCAGGACCAAAGGGAGAUAGAGGUGAAAAGGGAAAUGCAGGCUUGCUAGGACCAACUGGCCUUCAAGGCAUCCCUGGUUUGCAAGGACCACAAGGACUGAAAGGGAAUCGGGGAGAAAGGGGCAAGAGAGGCAACAGGGGGGCCAAAGGGGAUAAGGGAGACCAAGGAGCACCUGGAUUAGAUGCCCCAUGUCCUUUGGGUUUCCGAGGCUUUAAAGGGGACAAAGGUGAACCAGGCUCGCCAGGCCUGGAUGGGCUGGAUGCCCCUUGUCCUGUGGGGGAUGAUGGCUUACCGGUCAUAGGCUGCUGGAAUAAAGGUCAACAUCCUUUCCAACUGGCUAGAAAGUAGCGCUGCCUGCCAAAGACAAUUUAGUGAAGCCAGAGGAGAAAAAACUUGAAGCGAUAUUGAAACGUCUUGGGAGUUUUUUGUUUUGUUUUUGUCAAACCUGUUGACGAACACAAAGCCUGCUUUUUGAGUCCUGGGAUGCAGAAAGGCAGAGGAACGCCAGCAUCCUGCACCAGGUUGCCGAGGAUCCAGCAGAGGAGCACACAGGGAGACGAUGUCUGAGGAUUUCUCUCCAGUCUUCUGUUAUUGUUUUCUGUUUUCUGAUUAAAUAAUUUUUGACCUAUGGCGCUGAAGUUGGAGCGAAAUCGAGGAAUGGAAUUUAUUUAUUACUUUUUGAUAAAGACUUCUUACGAGCAGCACGCCACACAAAUUAACAUUUUGUGUUUCCUAAAAAAAAAAAAAAAAGCGAUCAUGAUUCCUAUUAAUAUAGUCUGAUUAAGAUUAUUUUUGUGCAGCUAUUGCACAUUAACUUGUGUUAACAUUUGUGCUAUUUCCAUAAAGAGCAUAAUGUCAUGACUGGUGACAUUUUUAACAUUCUUUCUUUUUUUUUUUGUACUGAUGUGUUUUACAUUUUAUGUCUAUACUUGUAAAUAUUUUACAAUUUCAUUACUAUGUAUUUAAAGGUAUUUAAAAAGUGUUGAUUUUUAAAUAUACUGUAGAAGUUUGUUAUUUUGAUUUCAGGCUCGUUCAGAGCUGAAUGACUGCUGGUGUGGGAAUUUGGGCAUUUGAUUCCGGACUGGGCUUGAGCCUCCCUGCGGUGUGGAAAGUACUGUUGAGAUCUAGAAUGAGAAACCGCUGGAUGUAUUCUGUACAAGUGAAACGUGGUUCGCGUUCAUGUGUUUUGUGCAUAUAGGAUAUGUCUCCUGUUGUCGUUCUUUUGAAUUCAGAAUGCAAAGCCAUAGUAAAUAACAGAAAAAGUAGGUCUUGUUUCAUUAAAAAGAAAAAGACACAGACGUAUUCCUAAUGUCAUAUUUUUCCCUUUUUUUAAGCGUACUUUUUUGCAUGUUUUUAUUGAGAGCAAAGUAACAAAUACAGUCAGAUUUCUUGUUUGUGAACACAAACUGGUCAAUGGGGUGAUUCUGAUUCUGACAGGCGGAGCGAGGGAUGCAUCCUGGGUACUGAUACUUUAUAGGUCACAGGCGCAUGACCUUCUAGCAGAUUUUUCUCUCUUUUGUUGCUUCAUACCAGACCUUAUAAUGGAUUCAGUUUUGAGUGUUAUUUUCAAGGUUCACUAGUAGCACUACUUACUGCCUGUCCUCGCUCUUGGAGCAUAAUGGCAGCUGGUUUGUCAAAAGGCCCCUUCGAUACAAGCUGAAAUGCUUUUCAAAGUAACAAAUACAUCUGGGCCUUUUGGAUCUUUGCACAUUUUUAGAGUUGCCAAGUUUCGGAAAAAGCUUUUUUUUUUUUUUUUUUUUUCACAAAAUAUGUACAAUGUUACAAUGUAAAGUUGGCAACAAUUGCAGCAAAGUUUUUAUUUUCUUUUGGUAAUUUUCUAUAUUUUACAAUGUUAAUGAAUUUGUCUAUCGAGGGUUUUAAAUGCAAUCCACAAUUUUUUUUAAAAAUGUGUUUGUUGUAUUUUAAAUUAAUGUGAUUUGCAAGACUUCAUUGUUGUUCUCAUUUAAAAUUUUUCUGCUUUUUUCCGAACCCAAAAUGUCCUCAAUUUGACAUGUACAUAAGGAUUCCCAAUAAAUACCAAAUUAAAAUAGUAAA